AUGGCAUCACCAGCCCCUCUGUCCGAGGCCAACACUUCCUUCUGUCUGGACCUGUUCAAGCAGCUGAGCGACAACGACAAGACGGCCAAUGUCUUCUUCUCACCUUUCAGCAUCUCCUCAGCUCUGGCCAUGGUGAUGCUGGGGGCAGCAGGCAACACACACACACAGAUGUCAGAGGUCCUUGGCUUCACAGAGGCCAAGCAGCAGCCACCUGCAAGGGCACAACAACAACAACAACAGCAACAACAGCGGCAGCAGGCCAUAGACCUUCCAGCCUAUCUGUUAAAGGGUCUGAAAACCAAGCAGUGUCAGGACGUUCACUCCGACUUCAGUCAGCUACUGAGUGUGCUCAACAAGCCUGGUGCGCCGUAUGCCCUCAGUGUGGCCAACAGGCUGUACGGAGAACAGUCCUACCAGUUUGUUGAGGAUUUCUUAGGGCUAACCAGGAAGCACUACAAUGCCGAGUUGGAGGCUGUGGACUUCGUGGGCAGCCACGAGGCCGCGAGGGUCAACAUCAACAACUGGGUGGAAAAUCAGACACAGGGUAAAAUUAAGGAUGUGCUGGCAAACGGUGUGGUGGACAACAUGACCAGGCUGGUGCUGGUCAAUGCCAUCUACUUUAAAGGCAACUGGAACAAGCAGUUUGAAGAGAGAGCCACAAGAGAUGCUCAGUUUAGAAUCAACAAGAAUGACACUAAACCAGUGAAGAUGAUGUACCAGAAAGCAAAGUUCCCCCUGACCUAUAUCUCUGAAGUCUCCUGUCAGAUCCUGGAGAUCCCUUAUAAAGAUAAAGACCUCAGCAUGCUUAUCUUUCUUCCCUCGGAAAUAGAAGACAAUUCAACUGGUCUGGAAAAGUUGGAGAAAGCGCUGACCUACGAAAACGUCAUGGAGUGGACUCGCCCUGACAUGAUGGACGACGUUGAAGUGCAGCUGGGUCUGCCUCGGUUCAAGAUGGAGGAGAAGUACGACCUGAAGAACGUCCUGGUCAACAUGGGCAUGGUGGAUGCCUUUGACGUAGCAAUGAGCGACUUCUCAGGCAUGUCUCCAUCAAACGACCUGUUCCUGUCAAAGGUCGUGCACAAGGCUUUCGUGGAGGUAAAUGAGGAGGGAACCGAGGCCGCAGCAGCCACAGCUGCCGUCAUGAUGCUUCGCUCUUUGCCAAGACCACCACCUCCCUUUAUCGCAGACCACCCAUUCCUGUUCUUCAUCCGCCACAAUGCCACCAAAAGCAUCUUGUUUGCCGGCCGCUAUUGCUCCCCUGAGUGAGAGCUACGAAGCUGGGAUCAGUCUUUUCUCAUCUGCAGGCAGUUUUCGAAACAUUUACAUAUAUAAUUGGGGUUGAAUUGUUGUUUUUAACAGCUACAGCUUAUUUUGAGUUAUUUUCCUAUGUUUUCAGCACCACGCUGAUACAUUCUUCUAAUUUGAAGCCAUUAGUCUACAUUACUGUUUAGGUUUAGUUGAUGGUUAUUCUGGAAAUUCUGUUUUGCACUGUUUUAUUUUGGCACCAAUUAAAGUUCAUAGGACCCCCCCCCCCAGCCUUACACACAGCCUGAGUUCAUAUUCCAGUAAAAGUCUGGAAAAGGUGGAAAUGUGCCUUAGUCAGACAACACUGAACACAUAAACACAGCACUUUAACCAAAGAGAAGGAAUAAAUUGUUUUAUACAUUCAGUGAACCAAAUAUAAUAUUCUUAUUAAAAUUACAUCAACAGAACACUGUGUCAUUUAGAGUGAUGUUUGUUUCUAUCUAUAUGUGCGUUAAAGUGAAUGUCUUACCAAAAAAGGGAGUUUGUAUCCAGAAGAAAUAUAAACCAAGCGAGUCGUGUGUUGCUUCUAUGGAAUAAAACUGAAAUUCCAAAAUAA